GUGAUGGCGGAGAAGGCGCUGGAGGCCGUGGGCUGUGGACUAGGGCCGGGGGCCGUGGCCAUGGCCGUUGCGCUGGAGGAUGGGGCGGAGCCCCCGGUGCUGACCACGCACCUGAAGAAGGUGGAGAACCACAUCACAGAAGCCCAGCGCUUCUCUCACCUGCCCAAGCGCUCGGCCGUGGACAUCGAGUUCCUGGAGCUGUCCUAUUCCGUGCGGGAGGGGCCCUGCUGGCGCAAACGGGGUUAUAAGACCCUCCUCAAGUGCCUGUCGGGCAAAUUCUGCCGUCGGGAGCUCAUCGGCAUCAUGGGCCCCUCGGGGGCAGGCAAGUCCACGUUCAUGAACAUCUUGGCAGGAUACAGGGAGUCAGGAAUGAAGGGGCAGAUCCUGGUGAACGGGAGGCCGCGGGAGCUGAGGACCUUCCGGAAGAUGUCCUGCUACAUCAUGCAAGACGAUAUGCUGCUGCCGCACCUCACCGUGCUGGAAGCCAUGAUGGUCUCUGCCAACCUGAAGCUGAGCGAGAAGCAAGAGGUGAAGAAGGAGCUGGUGACAGAAAUUCUGACGGCGCUGGGCCUGCUGAGCUGCUCCCACACGAAGACCGCCCUGCUCUCCAGCGGGCAGAGGAAGCGCCUGGCCAUCGCCCUGGAGCUGGUCAACAACCCGCCCGUCAUGUUCUUUGACGAGCCCACCAGCGGUCUGGACAGUGCCUCUUGUUUCCAAGUGGUGUCCCUCAUGAAGUCCCUGGCCCACGGAGGCCGUACCAUCAUCUGCACCAUCCACCAGCCCAGUGCCAAGCUCUUUGAGAUGUUUGACAAGCUCUACAUCCUGAGCCAGGGUCAGUGCAUCUUCAAGGGCGUGGUCACCAACCUCAUCCCCUACCUGAAGGGGCUCGGCUUGUACUGCCCCACCUACCACAACCCCGCCGACUUCAUCAUCGAGGUGGCGUCGGGCGAGUAUGGAGACCUGAACCCCAUGCUGUUCAGGGCUGUGCAGAAUGGGCUGUGCGCCAUGGCUGAGAAGAAGAGCAGCCCCGAGAAGAACGAGGCCCCUCACCCCUGCCCCCCCUGUCCUCCGGAAGUGGAUCCCAUCGAGAGCCACACCUUUGCCACCAGCACCCUCACGCAGUUCUGCAUCCUCUUCAAGAGAACCUUCUUGUCCAUCCUCAGGGACACGGUCCUGACCCACCUGCGGUUUGUGUCCCACGUGGUUAUUGGCGUGCUCAUCGGUCUCCUCUACCUGCACAUCGGCGACGAUGCCAGCAAGGUCUUCAACAACACCGGCUGCCUCUUCUUCUCCAUGCUGUUCCUCAUGUUUGCUGCCCUUAUGCCGACUGUGCUUACCUUCCCCUUGGAGAUGGCAGUCUUCAUGAGGGAGCACCUCAACUACUGGUACAGCCUCAAAGCGUAUUACCUGGCCAAGACCAUGGCCGAUGUGCCCUUUCAGGUGGUGUGCCCCGUGGUGUACUGCAGCAUCGUGUACUGGAUGACGGGCCAGCCAGCUGAGACCAGCCGCUUCCUGCUCUUCUCAGCCCUGGCCACCGCCACGGCCUUGGUGGCCCAGUCUUUGGGGCUGCUGAUCGGCGCCGCCUCCAACUCCCUACAGGUGGCCACCUUCGUGGGUCCGGUCACCGCGAUCCCUGUCCUCUUGUUCUCUGGCUUCUUUGUCAGCUUCAAGACCAUCCCCACUUACCUACAGUGGAGCUCCUAUCUCUCCUACGUCAGGUAUGGCUUUGAGGGUGUGAUCCUGACAAUCUAUGGCAUGGAGCGAGGAGACCUGACGUGCUUGGAGGAGCGCUGCCCGUUCCGGGAGCCACAGAGCAUCCUCCGGGCGCUGGAUGUGGAGGAUGCCAAGCUGUACAUGGACUUCCUGGUCUUGGGCAUCUUCUUCCUGGCCCUGCGGCUGCUGGCGUACCUCGUGCUUCGUUACCGGGUCAAGUCGGAGAGAUAGAGCCUGGCUCCUGGCCUGGGCCCCAGCCCCUGCAGCUGGAAGCCCUGGGCCCCAGCCCUUUGGGGCUGUUUUAACCUUGUAGCACUGGUUGCUGGUGUGGCCACCGUCCCCUCCCCCAGCUGCUCCACAGACUGUGGUCCCAGCGAGGCCCUGGCGAGGGGCUUCAGCCUCCCCACUGCGCCCAGGAGUCUUCCCAUUUGAUGCAGUUUGUAGCUUCCUCCUUACUCUCUCCAACACCUGCAUGCAAAGACCCCUGGGAGGCUGCCACUCUCCUCCCUGCCCUGGCACCUUCCUCUGUUGUCUGCCUAGGAGCCCAAGGCUCUCCAGGCUCCCAAGUACAACUGACCAAAGUGGCCCCCUCUGGGGGGCCCCACCACACAAGUGUUUGUAAACCGGGCAGCUCUGAAGUUGGAGUGCCAGGGCUGGGCCCUGGUGGGGUCCCCUGGAAGCCCCAUUCUGGAUUGGAAUGGAGCAGGGAAGGACUCUGGAAGUCCCUCCUCUUCCUCACCUUUCCCCCACCCCGAGAACCUGGCUGAUUUGGACAAUCUGCUGAGACAGAAGCUGGAUUUUCUGUCUGGGUCUCCACCCCUCAUCCUGAGGAUUGGAGAGACCUGGGGCCAUGGGACGCCCCGCUCCCUAUGCCCACCGCCUUUGGUGGGGUAGGGCCUGGUGGUACCUCUGCAAUUACGUCUGUGUGCCUGUCCCACCUGCCGGCGGAACUGGAGAAUGCACUUUAUUCUGGGUGUGAGUGGGGGAAGGCCUGCCCCCACCGCAGGGUCUCACAAGGCUCCCUCCCCUCUCCAGAGCCGCAGACGCACACAUGCGAACGGGCAAUCUCAGCUCCCCACACUCGCCAUUCCCUCCGGCUCGGCUCGGAGGACCAGUGCGGGCGCUGCAGGGAGGGCGGUGCCAAGCUCCUCCUGGGGAUCCCACUUUGGAGACCCUCAGGAAGAGGCUGGUGCUGCCCAGGUGUCUCCAGGAUCUGCGGGUGUCUCCCCUCCCUCCCCCUAUCUUUCCUUCCUCCCAAGCCAAGGGUGGCACGGGGCGCUAGCUCCCUGGAGUUCAGGACCCAACACAAGCACAAGCAUGGGCAUCCGUUGGCCUUGGCCACCAUCACCCCAUGGCUCUCCUUUUGUGCUCCAAUCUGGCGUUCUCAUCCCCCACCCCUCCCCCGGCCGCUUGCUGCUCAUUCAAAGUCCUGCCCAUGUCUCUCCAGCCCUUGCCGUCAGCAGGUGGCCCACGGGCAUCAGAGCAGCACGCCCUGAGCACCAGGUGGCAGACGCACGCAGAGCGAGCUGCUCACUGUCCUGGUGGGUGCAGGCGCAGGUGCCCUCUGAUCUCCCCUCUGUCCAGGGCUCCCCUUCACACCCGUACGAGGACCUCUCUCCCCUCCCUCACCCUGCCACAGGUUCUUCUCCUCACACAGAGAUGCCAGUUGUAUUUGUGGGAUUUCACCCAUUAUUAAUAAAACCUAU